AUGCAACAGGUGAUGGAACGGGUGCGACGGGCACACGAGGCCGGAAUGACUUACGGAAACGCCAUCCUUAACCGACCUACUGGGGGUCGAUCAGUCGCGAGAGGGAUGUCCAACCUCUACAAAGUCGUCUUUGUCCUCGGACCACCCGGAUCGGGAAAAGGAACCCAAUGCGCUUUGAUUCAAAAGAACUUUGGUCUCGUUCAUCUUUCCGCCGGUGAUUUACUGCGAGAGGAACAAGAAUCCAAGUCGCAAUAUGGACAACUCAUCGCCGAGCACAUUCGCAAUGGAACGAUCGUCCCCGUCGCCAUCACGUGUGCUUUAUUGGAGAAUGCGAUGAAGGCAUCAGGUGAUUGCGCUGGCUUUUUGAUUGAUGGCUUCCCGCGAAAUCAAGACAAUUUGGACGGCUGGCAAAAGAACAUGGCAGACAAGGUGGACGUCAAGUUCACGCUUUUCCUCUCGUGCAAAGUAGAUGUUUGUGUGAGUCGAUGCCUCAAUCGGAAACAAGGAAGAGCCGAUGACAACGAGGAGUCAUUAAGGAAGCGUAUUCACACUUACAACACGCAAACAUAUCCAAUUAUCGAAUACUACGAGAAGCUUGGACUUGUGCGUGAGGUUGCUACAUGCCGCGAUACUGAUGAGGUGUACACCGACAUCGAGAAGAUCUUCAAGGAAGCUGGUUUC